UCAUCUGAAUUCAGAUCAUUGUCUGAUUCCGACAUAAGAAAAAUCUUCUCUUUUCUCAAAAUUCAGACAGCACUGAGGCUAUGGCUACGUUGCUCAGGAAGGUCUGGGAAUCAGUGUCCAAUCGUUCCUCUUCAAACUCCGACUCAGCCAUCCACCGAGCCACUCGAAUAGCUGAUGCUCCUUCUUCAACUAUUACGACGACGUCUUCAUCGUUGGGAGCGCUGUUCGAUGAGAUUCCGCUGGAUAUUCUGGUGCAGAUAGUCAGGUUGGUGGGGCCCAAGGACGCCGUUAAGCUGAGCUGCGUCAGCAGAGCCUGGAGAUUGCUUGUGUCUGAUAAUCGACUAUGGAUAUACUUUCUCCAGAAUCACCACCACGACCCUUGGGACUGUGUUUUCUUCGCCGAGUUGAACUUGAGAUCCGGUUAUCCUCUCCAAACAUUCCCAAGUCAGACAGGGGAGUUAUCUUUCAUGCGCAUUUAUGGUCAGCGUGCACAAGUCCGUGGUUCUGUUAUUAUCGAUGGUGGUUCUGGCUAUUGCAAGUUCGGUUGGAGCAAAUAUGCUUGUCCAUCCGGGCGGUCUGCGACAUUUCUGGAGUUCGGUAACAUCGAAUCUCCCAUGUAUUCUAGACUUCGACAUUUUUUUGCAACUAUUUAUAACAGGAUGCAGGUUAAACCAAACACUCAGCCAAUUCUCCUCUCCCUUCCAAUAUGCCAUUAUGAUGAUACUGAAUCUGCCAAAGCAUCAAGAAGGCAGCUUAAAGAAGCCAUCCACACAGUCUUAUUUGACUUGAAUGUUCCUGCUGUUUGUGCUGUCAAUCAGGCUACUUUAGCUCUCUAUGCAGCAAGACGAACAUCUGGUAUUGUUGUUAACGUUGGUUUCCAAGUUACAUCUGUUGUUCCAAUUUUACAUGGUAAAGUUAUGCGUAAGGUGGGUGUUGAAGUCAUUGGGCUGGGAGCAUUGAAACUCACAGGAUUCCUCAGGGAACUCAUGCAGCAGAACAAUAUUAACUUUGAAUCAUUGUACACCGUGCGGGCACUAAAAGAGAACCUAUGCUAUGUUGCUGCUGAUUAUAAAACAGAACUAUCUAAAGAUACCCAAGCAUCAUUGGAGGUUCCAGCAGAGGGGUGGUUUACUCUUUCAAAGGAACGCUUUCAAACUGGAGAGAUCUUAUUUCAGCCACGUGUUGCAGGACUGCAUGCUAUGGGAUUGCAUCAUGCAGUAGCACUUUGCAUGGAGCAUUGUCAUGCUGCAGAAUUGACAGGUGAUGAUGCUUGGUUUAAGACUGUAGUUCUGUCAGGGGGAACUGCAUGUUUACCAGGACUUGCAGAAAGGUUAGAAAAGGAACUACAUGAGUUUCUCCCCCCUUCCCUAUCGAAUGGAAUAAAAGUCAUCCCUCCUCCUCAUGGUGCAGAUACUGCAUGGUUUGGAGCAAAGUUUAUCAGCAAUUUAAGCACCUUCCCAGGGUCCUGGUGCAUAACAAAGAAGCAGUUCCGACGUAAGUCCAUUAACCCUAAUGUGGUGAACAUCUGGCUCCCUAGAAGUCGAGCAUCUUCCUCAUUGUCGUAUAAGCAUGAAGCAGUCUAGGCAGGAGUCCAGACUGAGCGUGGCACAAUUAAGCCACUGUCAUUUUUUAUUAUAGUGUAAGCAUCCAUAGACAAAAUUCUGUUGUUCAUUACUCGUCAUUUACAUAAAGAUUAAUAUAUCUGAACAAGGUUGAAGGGCAAUGAGUUGUGAAGACGUCAAGAUGUUAUAUUCCAAUUACUUGAUUGAAAACCAAAAAUCAUAUGAGAGAUUGCCAUCAUCAAUUCAAUGAACUUUAAGGUAA